CUACCAAAAAAAUGCCAUUUUCAUUUCUCUUUUCUUCUUCCUUUCCAAGAAAAAAAAAGAGAAAGAUUAAACCCAUUUCCAAAAAGCUCACCUUCUCUUCUCUUUCUUCUUCCUUUCUCUAUAUAUAAAUCCUUUACUUCUCCAUAUCCGUUGACAAAGCCAAACUCUUUACUCUCUCUCUCUUUCACCAUUACUCUAAUCUCUCUCUCUCUCUCUCUCUCUCUCAAUGGAAGCUCUAAGCUUUAUGAAGUUCUGGUUAACCAACAACAACACAACCAUCAAACCCCGCCGUGAAACCAAAAUCUCAGAAUGCGCCGUCGAUUCCACCACCGCAUCAGAAAGUCCCGAACUUGACCUCUGCGGCGAAGGAGACGACUCAUUCUUCGAGCUCGAGAUCUCUCUCUCCGAUUUCAAAACAGAGAGACUCGAAACAACCACCACCACCACGUUCUCUGUUUCCAACAAAAGCAAAAUCCUCCCUUUCGUCGACAUCGCCACCACGAAACCGCAGCAGUCCCCGACCACUCUCCUUAAAUCCGGCCAAAAGUUUCGAGCUUUCUCGUUUAAGAAGUCAACGACGACGAUGACGAAGAAAGAAGAAAACAACAGAAGCCUCAACAUGAGGUUCAGAACCGACGACGAAACAAUGACGAGUUUCAGAAAAACGUCGAGCAUUGCGAGGCUACAACAAACAGACGACACGACGUUCGACGGCUCUGUUUCCCCUGUUUCGUCUUCUUCUUCUUCGUCCAAGAGAUUCUUCAGUCUCAUAAAGCCUUUAUACACUAAAACGACGAAGAAACAGAGCAGUAGCAGCGGUGUAUCUUCCUCGAUUACUUCUCCGACGUCUUCACCGGCGGGGAGGGAGAAACAGAGGAGUAAUCUUCCAUCGGGGAUAAGGAGUGUGAGGAGACAGCUUGGGAAGAGCAGGUCAGCUUCUUCGGCGAUCGGAGGGAUGUCUCCGGCGAACAGAGUCGUCGAUGAGUCUUUUCAAGUUCAACAAGAUGGGAUUCAAAGUGCGAUUCUUCAUUGCAAGAAGUCGUUUCAUGGUUCCAGAGAAUCUUUUUUGUUAUCAAGAUCGACUAGUGAAUCUUCUUCACAAGAGAAACUGAGUACUUCGUCUUCUGAAGAUUCGUAUUUGUUUUCAAGGAUUGGAAGUGACACAAUGUCGGAGAAAUCAAUGGAUAGCUUGUGUUCGAUUAAGGAACAACGGGAGAAGAUUUGCGAUUAAGGUUUAGUUUUGUAAAAUAUAUAUAUGAAAUUAGAUUAAUUUUGCAGGAUUUUUGGUUCUUUUGUAAAAUUAGUUUCAAAAAUGAAGAUGAUGAUGUUGAUGAUGAUGACAAAAACAGAUAAAUCUAGUUGCAGAGUCUCAGAUUAGUGAAGGGUGUUGUUUUAUCUGCCUUUUGUAUGUAUAGUGAUGUAUCAUUAUGUGAAUCCUGACACUUCAGAAUUGAAAAAAAUCUUAUAGUA